CCUGGUCUCGUAGAACAUAAAGGAGCUGAUGAAAAGGGAGAACUUGCCUUCAAUUGUCUCACGUCAUGGAAAGAGUUACUUUGUUGCAGCGCUCCGUGGAUCAAGGAGGAAGAAAAAAACAACAAAAAUAGUGGCGCAUGUCGACGGUCUACUGAGGCGGACUGUUUGUUUUGGUCGCUCCUUCGCCGUGGGGUCGAGUGGAGAUGCGCAGGGACCUGUUUACGAGCGAAACGCAGCAAGUUUGUGCGUGAGGAGCAAAAUGCGCCGGGAUACCAUCACCCAUCCCUCUGUUUUUCUCCAUGCCGGACAUACUUCGUCUUGAAAUAAGCUCAUCGCCGGUGGUUUAUGGGCCGCGCGAUGAGAACUGACUGUCUGCUCAGUGGACUAUCCCUAUAGUUGACGAGGAUUACAUUCACCAUCAAGGUUGUUUUUAUUUUUGGUUCUCUGUAAUGUGAAUGGAUUCGGUCCCUCCCUGACGAAGCAAAUGAUGCUGUCACUAUUAGUAUAUGUUUAAAAGGGGUCCCACUGUUGGUAAAUAUGUCUUUGUCCCUGUUUUGACUGUUUUCUGAUCUCCCACAAGUCACCUGGUGGUGUUACAUUAACUGUACCGUAACCUGAGAUGAGUUUAAAUAUUACAGUAAGUCACUAACACGGUGCCCUUGUUAUUAUAAUUUAGGCACUAUGUACAUGUAGAGGAUCUAGGACCCUCUGGAGUGUCAGCAUGUCUGUGAAAGCCGUAGCCCUCUACACUUUUCUAAGUGAAAACAAAGAGGAGAUCAACAUCCAGGAGAACGAGGAGUUGACUAUCUUUGAUGAAAACUCAGUGGACGGCUGGUAUCUUGGGGAGAACAGUCGUGGGGAGAGGGGUCUAUUCCCCAAAACUUAUGUGGAGAUUGUUCGCACACGCUCCAACUCCAAUGUGACAGACUGCUCCAUCAGCCCUGAGGGCUCCCUGGGGAACGACUCUCCCUACUUCUCGUCCACCCCAAAUACCUCGGGGCAGAUCAAUGACGAGGACUACUACGAUGAUUGGGACGACUGGGACGAUGGAUCCACUGUGGUGGAUGAUGAUCACAUCAGGAGCCCCGGAGCCAAUGGCUACGCCCACCAGACUCCGACGUCCAACAACCCUAACGUGCACUACAGGGCCAAGUCGGUGCCUGGACCCGACAGCAUGUCCAGCUCCAGAAAGGGCAGCAUGGUUGGCAGGAACUUGAAUAGGUUUUCCAGCUUUGUGCGCUCUGGGGUUGAGGCUUUUGUACUUGGGGAUGUACCCAUGAUGGCGAAGAUUGCAGAAUCCUACACCAUUGAAAUGGGUCCUUUGGGACCCAAGUGGAAGGAAAACCCCAACCCCUUCAUCUGCUCAAUUGAAGAUCCCACCAAGCAGACGAAGUUCAAGGGCAUCAAGACCUAUAUAUCAUACAGAGUGACACCAAGCCACACCGGACGUCCCGUCUACCGGCGCUACAAGCACUUCGACUGGCUGUACAACCGAUUGCUGCAUAAGUUCACUGUGAUCUCAGUCCCUCAUUUGCCCGAGAAGCAAGCCACAGGGCGCUUUGAGGAGGACUUCAUCGAGAAGCGCAAGAGGCGCCUCAUACUGUGGAUGAACCACAUGACCAGUCACCCCGUUCUCUCCCAGUAUGAAGGCUUUGAGCACUUUCUCAUGUGUGCUGACGAUAAACAAUGGAAACUGGGCAAGAGGCGGGCCGAGAAGGACGAAAUGGUGGGCGCUCAUUUCAUGCUGACUCUUCAGAUCCCCAACGAGCAUCAGGACCUUCAGGAUGUGGAGGAGCGGGUCGACAACUUCAAGACCUUCGCCAAAAAGAUGGACGACAGUGUGAUGCAGCUCACCAACGUGGCCUCGGAGCUGGUGAGGAAACAUCUGGGGGGAUUCAGGAAGGAGUUCCAGCGACUGGGGAAUGCCUUCCAGUCCAUCAGCCAGGCAUUCAUGCUGGAUCCCCCCCAUCGGUCGGACGGCCUCAACAAUGCCAUCUCCCACACUGGCCGCACCUAUGAGAACAUUGGGGAAAUGUUUGCGGAGCAACCUAAGAAUGACCUCUUCCACAUGUUGGAUAAGCUGUCCCUUUAUCAAGGUCUACUCGGCAACUUCCCGGACAUUAUUCACUUACAGAAAGGUGCUUUUGCGAAAGUGAAGGAGAGCCAGCGGAUGAGUGACGAAGGAAAGAUGGAUCAGGGGGAAGCAGAUGGAAUCCGGAAGCGCUGUCGGACUGUGGGGUUCGCCCUUCAGGCAGAAAUGAGCCACUUCCAUGAGCGGAGAGAGGUGGACUUCAAAGACAUGAUGCAGGCCUACCUCAGGGAACAGAUAGCCUUCUACCAGCGUGUUGUCCAGCAACUGGAGCGCACCCUGCGCACGUAUGACUCUUUGUAAAGACGCCAAACUGCCUUUUGGGUCAAUGUGACCCCACCAAACCAUCCCGACAAAUGUUGGUCCAGAAAGGAACGAUUAAAGAGGCAGUAGUUACUGGAAUUAUGUAUGAAAGCCAGUCGGUUCGUUGCUUUGAUGGAUUCAAAGUUACUUUCUUUUGUUUUCCUUGAAGAUCUACUGUAUGUUUUUAUAUCUGCAAUACACUUUACAAAGGCAAUGUCCCAGCCUGUUGCUUAUUUUCAUAAUUUAAGAUGUUUGUAACAGUAAAGUGAUUGUAUAGGUUUCAGAUUUAUAGUGGAUCUAUAGUUUAUUGUUAUAUCCUAACAUUAAAGCCAGGAAACGGGUUCUGUUUUGUCCCCUUCUCUCCAGAUUUUCUGGCCUCUUGAGCCAAAAUGCAUCAUAUCACUAAAAAUAAUUCCAAAAUAAAAGUCCAACAUAAUUUAAAGACUUUUUUAAAGUGUGUGUGAGGAGCUCAUUAAAUAUUCCACAUGUUGCUCAGCCGACCAAACAGCUGUUCCUUUGUUCUGUAAAGAGCGAUGUCAUAAAUGUCUGUCUUAGGUUAGCAGCCUUUACUGUACAGAGAUUAUUUAGAUAAAAAAUGUGCUUUAUGAGGACAUGCUACGCUCAAAUGGAACUUUUUUUUUUUUUUUUAAGUGGAAUGUUUGUUUUGGAUUUAAUGGGGAAAGUGGUUAGAAAGAGCUGACAUUUGGGACAAGUUUGCACAUGUUUUUUCUAUUGGUCAUAGUCAGUGGGUGUGUUUAUGUUGUGUAGCCAAAGGCUUUUAAUGAGCGGAGAGCUGUGCGGAUCGAUGCCCUUUUCCAUUGCUGAUAAACAGAAGUGUGUAUCCUGAUAUGCAACAGCUGGACUAAAUAAAUAAAUAAACACUAUGAAAAGUCUUUAGACAGUAAAAACAA